GCGUACCUUUGCACAAUGCCAAGUUCCAGCCCCAGACGGCGUCAUGCUUUGGUACGCUUGGCCUGAGUCGAGAGUGGGCUGUAGAAAGUGAGAAAACACAACGGUUGCUCACCUUCUGACGCAUAUCCACUCGUUCUACCGCACUCUCCUUCACCUGUCAUCCCUUACUCUCAUUCUACUCUUAUCCUGCAUUCUCGUUUCUUCAUUUAAUCAUCUUCCAACUCGGCUCCUCCUCAACAGACUUGUCGAGUGCUUACUAAGAGCCUUCAACUUUCCGAGUCCAAUGGAGCGCCAACCACCGAUGUCGGACAAAGCCGCGGGGAAGCAAAAGGCAAGGCGACUCUCAGAGGACGAGGCCGUCGGCCCACCGGCAUCCGAAGGUCUCCAUGGUCUGAGUACUACAGAGUUCCGUUCCGAGUCUACUGUGCCUACUACCGAACGUUUCCGGUCUGGUGGACAGACUCGGACGACAGAAGACUCUCCUGAUACCCACGGUCCUGUGCCAGCAGUCAGUCAAGCCGGCACGCCUCGUCCAUCCUUCCACACGCACGCACCAUAUAGUAAUACACCUUCCUAUUUUCUUCAAGGGCCGUCCCCGCCGUACAGCCUGUCCCCUCCUUUCGACAUCUCAUCUCACUCCACUUCCAUGCCGCCCGCUGCUCAUCAAGGCUUCUCACACUACCGUACCAACCAAGCCUCGGUGGCGCAUCCGUACCCGUAUUCCCUCCCACCUUCUACCGAGCAUGAACCGUCUACGUACAGUGACCCAUACGGCAUCAGGAAAAAGCCCACCUGAGAAAUCUCAUGUAGGUUCGGGAAUUAUCAAGAAUAUUCAGACACUUCGGGCUUUCUCAGGAAACGGCG